CCCUGACACCUGCUUUCCUGCUUUCAUUGUAUUCCCUUCAUAAACCAUCCUUUCUCGACGAGAACCAUUCUUUGUCAACCGAUUCCCAGACAUUGCAUUCCAGCUCUACUGUACCCCGCCCAAGUGUUUAAACGCUAAGCCAUUCGCCUUAUAUUCCAUCAUGCCUCUCAUCGCACAGAACCCCUUACCCAGGGUCAUUCUUGGGUUGAUGACAUUUGGUCCGGAUGAGUCUGCAGGGGCUCGUAUCACCUCAGUCGACGAGUUCAACAAGUGUCUCGACCUUUUUCAACAGCAAGGCUUCAAUGAGGUUGACACCGCGCGCACAUAUGUCGCAGGGCAGCAGGAAGCCUUUACUGCUCAGACGAAGUGGAAGGAGCGUGGGCUGACCUUGGCCACCAAGUGGUACCCCGCGCAGCCGGGCUACCACAAGCCACACGUCAUUCGUGAGAAACUCGAGCUCUCACUGCAGAACCUGGGCACCGACUGCGUGGACAUCUUCUACCUUCAUGCCGCCGACCGCUCGGUCCCCUUUACGGAAACCCUGGAGGCUGUCAAUCAAUUGCACAAGGAGGGAAAAUUCGUCGAGCUCGGCUUGAGUAACUUCACUGCCUUCGAGGUCGCAGAGAUCGUGACAGUCUGCAACGAGAGAGGCUGGGUACGACCGACCAUCUACCAGGCCAUGUACAAUGCUAUUACUCGGUCCAUUGAAACCGAAUUGGUCCAUGCUUGCAAGCGGUAUGGCAUCGACAUUGUGGUGUAUAACCCGCUCGCUGGUGGAAUCCUGUCUGGAAAGUACAAGACCCAGGAUAUUCCCGAAGACGGCAGAUACAGCGAUAAGUCUUCCACUGGCACAUUGUAUCGCAAACGCUACUUCAAGGACGCAACCUUUGAUGCCCUGCGGGUUAUCGAGCCUGUCGCAGAGAAGCACGGUCUGACAUUACCGGAAAUUGCGUUCCGCUGGAUUCGCCAUCACUCUCUUCUGAACAUCAAGGAGGGUGGCCGAGACGGCAUUAUCGUCGGUGUGAGCAGCAUCGCACAGCUAGAGAACAAUCUCAGAGACAUCCAGAAGGGCCCACUGCCCGAGGAAGUGGUGGAGGCCCUGGACAAGGCAUGGCUGAUUGCGAAGCCCACGGCGCCGGAUUAUUGGCACCUUGACCUGAAGUACACGUAUGAUACGAAGGAAGCAUUGUUCAAGUCGAAGGCAAGCGCCUAAGUGUGGUGCGAGUGAUGAUAAGUUAACGGAACAAGAUGAAGAUAAGAUUAAUGAGUCUCAAUACAUGAAAUCACUCCAUCCAAUCGCAACCUGGUUGUCAUAACCUUUCCUAAAUUUCUGAAACAAUAAAAGGAAUCGAAGCCGGGG